CAGGCCUCCACACCCCACACAACCCACCCCAACCCCGAAAAAGCACACCAAACCAUUAACGGCAUGAAACUGUCUCCAUGCGCCCUAUUUCUUACAGAUCCUCGGAAAAUUUGUUCUCUUUUGGGAAUCUCCGUCUUUCUCUCUUUUUCACUCUCGGAUCUCGAAUUUAGCGUUUGUAAGGCUGCCGCGCGUUGCUCAAAGGCUAUGCCAUAUUUAUACCCCUUCCGUCACCUUUUCUUCUUCUUCUUCUUCCUCUUCUCCAUCACUAUCAUACAUAAUGUCUCCACAAGUCUACUACCUCGGUAUUGAUGUUGGCACAGGGUCUGCUCGCGCGGCCGUUAUCGACACAGAGGGCAAAUUGCUGGCCCAAGCCGUUGAGCCGAUCAAGCUCAACCACCCCCAUCACGACAUUUUCGAACAAUCUACAAACGAUAUCUGGCGCGCUAUUUGCAAGACUUCCGGGGAAGCGAUCGCCGAAGCAGGAGUGAGCAAGGAGGACAUCAAGGGUGUGGGCUUUGACGCAACGUGCUCGCUGGUGGUUUUGGACAAGAAUGGGGAGCCAGCGUCGGUGGACGAAGCGUCCGGCUUCGAGGACAACGAGUACAAUCUCAUCUUGUGGGCUGAUCAUCGGGCCGUCGAUCAAGCCGCACGCAUCAAUGCAACGCAACACAAGGUGCUCAACUAUGUCGGUAAAACCAUCAGCCCAGAGAUGGAGAUCCCAAAGUCGCUGUGGCUCAAAGAGAACCUGCCGCCGCACAAGUGGGACAACAUCGGCCACCUCAUGGAUCUGCCUGACUUUUUGACGUUCCGCGCCACAGGCUCGACGGCGCGCUCGACGUGCUCGUUGACGUGCAAGUGCUCGUAUCAGCCCAAGGGUGUUGGCCAUGGAUGGGACGAAAGCUACUUUGAGGCGAUCGGACUGGGUUGCUUGAAGGAGGAGCGGUUCCAGCGACUGGGCGGCAUUGACGGUGAGACAGGCCAAGUAUUGUGUGCGGGCGAUCCGGUGGGACAAGGCUUGACCCCAAAAGCGGCAGAGGAGCUCGGAUUGGUUGCAGGGACGCCCGUUGGAUCCGCCGUGAUCGAUGCGUAUGCAGGUGCUAUCGCCACGCUGGGCGCCACUGCUUCUGCUGACGAGCGGACAAAGAUGCUUGGCGCAUUGGACAAGAGUUUGCUCGCACAAGGUUCGCACCGUGUUGCCAUUGCCUGUGGCACGUCGAGCUGUCACAUUGCCAUGGCCCCUGAGGCUAUCUUUGUCAAGGGCGUUUGGGGACCCUAUCGCUCCGUGAUGGUGCCUGACAUGUGGCAUGCCGAGGGUGGCCAAUCAUCCACGGGCCAGCUCAUUGACCACACAUUGAACACCCACCCUGCCAUUGACGAGGCGCGCAAGCAGGCCGAGGCCGAGGACAUGAACAUCUACGCCUUCCUGAACCGCCAUCUGGAAAGAUUGCAGGAAAAGCACGGAUACAAGCACUUGGAGCAGCUGACGAACCAGAUGCACAUCUACCCUGACUACCACGGCAACCGCUCGCCAUUAGCAGACCCAACCUUGCGCGGUAUGAUCAUUGGCGUUUCACUCGACCACAGCAUCAACGACCUCGCCACCCGCUACCUGGCCACGCUGCAGGCCAUCUCGUGCCAGACCCGCCACAUCAUCGAGGCCUUGAACACCGAGGGCUACACCAUCGACACGCUGUGCUUGUCGGGCGGCCUGUGCAAAAACCCGAUCUUUGUCAAGCUGCACGCGGACAUUACUCGUUGCCGUGUGAUUCUGCCGGAGCGGAUCGAUGCUGCCGUCGUCAUUGGUGCGGCCUUCUUGGGUGCCCGUGCAGCGGAAGCCAACACCAGCUUGUGGGAGGUGAUGGUGCGCAUGGGGCGUGCUGGCCAGCUCGUGGAGCCCUCGACAGAUCCGGAGGUGAUGGAAAUGGACGAGCGACGCUACCGCAUCUUCCAUGAAAUGCUUCAGGACCAGAAAAAGUAUCGUGCCAUCAUGAACGGUGCCCAAUAGAUCUAGCAUUACCAUAAACAAUCCCCAAAGCAUGUCUCAUCCCUCCCUUUUUUUCUUCCUUUGGAGAAAAGAAAUGUACAGCCCCCCUUCCUUCAUUUCACUCAUUACCCAGUCCGCAUGUCAUCGUCUAACGCACCCAUACAAUUUUCUUGGGUUCCAACAAAGCAUAGGGCGUUGUGCGACAACAAUCAGAUAAUAAACAGGCCAACGUGAUACAAAAAUUCGGCAGGGGGGUG